UUAUAUGUACAAUAUGGUAAUUCUCUCAGAGCCAUUGUAAGAAAUGUUGUAAAUACAUAAUGGCAGUAUGACUUGUCAAUUUAACCCAGUCACAGCAAAAAAGUAUAUUUUUGUACAAUGUGGAACUUGAAACCUUGAAAGCAAGCAUGGAAACCAGAGUGAUUUUGACAAGGGCUAGACUAGUCUGACUGCAAUGUAAAAAAUGUAAAUGGUGCACAAAUUUAAAUGACAACCGAUUGCAGAGCUUUUUAAACCUUUAGAACUAGAAGGUAAACACACUGUAAAUUGGUUUGUAUUGAAUUCAGUCAGCACAAAAACAUUAGUAUAUAUAUUGCAAUUAUAAUGUCUCCCUCAUCUGUUUUUUUUUUUUUUAGGUUGCACUAAAAAUUUAAACCGAAAUGGAAAUGAAGGGUUGAGUGAAUGCCUAUGGUGCAGGGUAAUUUAGGCUGAAUGAAGGUUUUCACAUUUGCUGAUUGGCUCUCAUAAACUGUCCAAUGGCUUGGGGUGAUGUCAAUAUGUGAGACAGACGAACACUAUAAAAUUCCUAAUUGUUUAAAAAUGGCUGACCAGAUUGGGCCACAAUCUGACCCAAUGUCCUCUGGUCUUCAGAACAGACAGAAUAUUUUUUUUUCCAACAAGUGUGCAGUGACUAAAAUAUGAUAAGUGUACCCACUCUAUAAAAUAAUUUUGUACAAUCAAGGCUUGUAGAAAGACUCAGUAGGGAACAGAGAGUACAUACCCACAAUAGAAUAGAUAUUGGGUGCUUCAGCCUCAUUGAUGCAUAAGCUAUCCCACCUACUUUAAACUGUUCCAAAAAUAUUUUAUGAUGGUUAUAGGGUGAAUAUGUCACAUCUCAUCCUGCUGCAUGUGCAUGAUAACCAUUGCAUAUUUAAGCAUUUUUAUUUGGGUCUUAUUGGACCAGCCAACCACCUUUUUUCCAUAACUCCAAGAUCCUGUUAAUCUUUUUGCAUAGACAGUAUCCUUUCUUUUAGUUUGGUUUCUUUUAGUUUCUUUUAGUCUUUUAGUUUUGUCAUGGGAACCUCCUCUGCAGACUGCCUGCUGACUGUCAGGCAGUCCUGUCUAUCUUACAAGUCUUGCCAUUUAUUGUUCAUCUCAAACAUUUAGUCCUUGACAAAGUCACACAUUUUUUUCCCCCUGCUGAUUUCUGCCACAUCCAGCAUGUUUGUAUAUAUGGAAAUUAUUUGUCCCAUACACAAAGACCUUAACAUGUUUCACUGAUAUGAGAUAUACUUCAUAUAUUUUAUAUACAGUGCAUCCGAAGAACCACCCUUGGCAGCAACUACAGCCUCAAGUCUUGGCACACCUCUCUUUAGGCAGUUUUGCCCAUUCUUUUUUGCACUACCUCUGAAGCUCCAUCAGGUUGGAUGGGAGACGUCUGUGCACAGCCAUUUUCAGAUCUCUCCAGAGAUGUUCAAUCGGAUUCUAGUCUGGGUUCUGGCAGGGCCACUCCAGGACAUUCACAGAGUGGUCCUGAAGCCACUCCUUUGAGAUCUUGGCUGUGUGCUUCGGAUCGUUGUCCUGCUGAAACCGUCGCCCCAGUCUGAGGUCAAGAGCGCUCUGGAGCAGGUUUUCAUUCAGGAUGUCAAUGUACAUUGCUGCAUUCAUCUUUCCCUCUAUCCUGACUAGUCUGCCAGUUCCUGCUGCUGAAAAACAUCCCCAUAGCAUGAUGCUGCCACCACCAUGCUUGACUGUAGGGAUGGUAUUGGCCUCGUGAUGAGCAGUGCCUGGUUUCCUCCAAACAUGACGCCUGGCAUUCACACCAAAGAGUUCAGUCUUUGUCUCAUCAGACCAGAGAAUUUUGUUUCUCAUGGUCUGAGAGUCCUUCAGGUUCCUUUUGGCAAAUUCCAGACGGCUGCCUUGUGCCUUUUACUAAGGAGUGGCUUUCGCCUGGCCACUCUGCCAUACAGGCCUGAUUGGUGGAUUGCUGCAGAGAUGGUUGUCCUUCUGCGAGGUUCUCCUUUCUCCACGGAGGAACGCUGGAGCUCUGAGAGAGUGACCAUAGGGUUCUUGGUCACCUCCCUGACCAAGGCCCUUCUCCCCCGAAUGCUCAAUUUAGACGGCCGGCUAACUCUAGGAAGAGUCCUGGUGGUUCCAAACUUAUUCUAUUUACGAAUGAUGGAGGCCACUGUGCUCAUUGGGACCUUCAAAGCAGCAGAAAGGCUGUGAAUACUUACGUAAAUGUGAUUUCUUAGUUUUUUAUUUUUAAGAAAUUUUCAGAUCUCUCAAGAGGAAACUUUUUCAGAACUUUGAGGAAAGAGAUUAAUAUAAUUCAAUUUGGAAUAAGGUGUGAAUACUUUCCAGAUGCACUGUAUAUGAGAUAUAUUUCACAUUAAGUAGACAUUGAACGUGCACAAAAAAUCUCUUUUCAGAUUUCUGCAUUUGAAAGUCACACCUCCUUUCACUGUUGUCCUUCAGCGUAAUCUUACCACAGAGAAUUCAUCCUUCCAUAUAAAUAACAAAUAACAAGUCCUUCACAUCCAUUCAGAUGAGGUUUCAGACCUAGCACACACUGAAUAGUUGUCUGUAAUAGGUAAAUGGAGUUGCUUUUUACUCUUUUGAAUGUGGUCAUGGCCACAAUUAGUGUUUCAGGUGGUAAUGCAACAUGUAGCCUCCAAGGAGAGUCAGCAUUUUCACAACUAUCAAAGGAUGGAGAUAUUAUAGUUGGUGGACUAUUUUCCUUUCACAGCAGCUCUGAGAUCCCAGAUAUGUCCUAUGUUUUUAAACCACCUCCUCUAAAAUGCAAAAGUCUUAAUUUCAGAGCCUUCCAGUAUUCACAGACAUUGAUAUAUGCAAUAGAGGAGAUCAACAACAGCUCCUCUUUGCUGCCUGGUGUCUUUUUGGGCUACAGGAUCUAUGACAGCUGCACCUCCACAGCAAUUGGGGUUAGAAUGGCCAUGGCACUUGUUAAUGGAAAUGAACAGACAGUUUUGGAUGAGCCCUGUUCAAAACCAGCCCAGGUGCAGGCCAUAAUCGGAGAGACAUAUUCAUCAGUGUCAAUGGCUAUUGCAAGCACUAUCGGACCUUUCGGCAUUUCCAUUAUCAGCCACUAUGCCACCUGUGAGUGUCUCAGUGACAAAAGGAAAUAUCCCUCAUUUUUGCGCACUAUUCCCAGUGACUACCAUCAGACAAAAGCACUGGCAGAGAUGGUGAAGCACUUUGGCUGGACAUGGGUGGGAGCAAUCAGAGGAGAUGAUGAUUAUGGUAACAGUGGAAUGGCUGCAUUUACUGAAGCAGCCGAACAAAUAGGCAUAUGCCUAGAAUAUUCCCUUCCAUUCUUCAGAACCUACUCACAAGAAAAGGUGGUGAGAAUUGUUGAGCAGAUUAAAAGCUCCACUUCUCGAGUAAUAGUGGGAUUUCUUGACAACUGGGACUUAGAGAGUCUGUUGCAUGUGUUUCAUGAGCAUAACAUCACUGGAUACCAGUGGGUGGGAUCUGAGGCCUGGAUAUUUGAUACAGAAUUGGCUACAAUGGAUGUUUAUAACAUACUGCAAGGAGCCAUAGGCCUAGCCAUCCCUAAAACAACAGUAACAGGUCUGAAAGACUUCAUUUUUGAUAUACAUCCACUGAAAUCUGUAGGAAGUGCUGCUUUUAUAGAACUCUGGGAGGCUUUGUUUCAGUGCACAUUUAUAAAGCUGAAUGAAUCUGAAAAUACAUCAGUGUGCACAGGAGAAGAGAAAGUGUCUGAAGUGGAAAACACAUUUACUGACAUGUCCCUGAUGCCUAUUUUCAAUAAUGUGUAUAAAGGAGUUUAUGCUGUUGCUCAUGCCCUUCACAACCUUCUGGGCUGUACACAAACAUGCCCCACAAAGAAGCAGCCUGAUCCUCUCACUUUUCUAGAACAUCUCAAAAAGGUGCAUUUUAAAACCAAAGAUGGAGAAGAAGUGUUUUUUGAUGAAAAUGGUGAUCCUCCUGCAAAAUAUGAGAUUAUAAACUGGCAUACAAAUCAAGAACACCAGCAUGAGUUUGUCACUGUUGGACUUUAUGACUCCUCUUUUCCACCUUAUGAUCGAUUAGCAGUAAACAUGGACUCUAUUGUGUGGGCUCAAAAUAGCAAGCAGGUGCCGAGGUCAGUGUGCAGUGAGAGCUGUCCUCCAGGCACCAGGAAAGCUGUACAGAAAGGGAAGCCGAUCUGCUGCUUUGACUGCAUACCAUGUGCAGAAGGAGAGAUCAGUAAUACUACAGAUUCAAUUAAAUGUCACCAAUGCAACCAAGACUACUGGUCAAAUACACGCAGAGAUGAAUGUGUAAAAAAGGAAAUUGAAUUUCUGUCCUAUGAAGAAACUAUGGGAAUUUUACUGACAGUGGUGUCUAUUGCUGGUGCAUUCAUGACAGUAUCAAUUACAACCAUUUUCUUCAGAUAUAAAAAUACCCCAAUAGUUAGAGCCAACAACUCAGAGCUGAGCUUUCUGCUGCUCUUCUCUCUGAAGCUGUGUUUCCUCUGUUCACUUACUUUCAUUGGUCAACCCUCUGAUUGGUCCUGUGCGCUGCGUCACACUGUUUUUGGAAUCAUUUUCGUCCUCUGCAUCUCCUGUGUUCUGGGGAAAACAAUAGUGGUGUUAAUGGCCUUCAGAGCUACACUUCCAGGCAGUAAUGCUAUGAAAUGGUUCGGGCCUCCACAGCAGAGACUCAGUGUUCUUGCUUUCACUCUCAUACAGGUCCUAAUUUGCAUCCUUUGGUUAACAAUAUCCCCUCCUUUUCCUUUUAAAAAUCUAAAACGUUACAAAGAAAAGAUCAUUUUAGAAUGUAGUUUAGGAUCAAAUGUAGGUUUCUGGGCUGUGCUGGGUUAUAUAGGAAUUUUAGCCUUUUUUUGUUUUGCUUUAGCUUUUCUGGCUCGUAAGCUGCCUGAUAACUUUAAUGAAGCCAAAUUCAUCACAUUCAGCAUGCUGAUAUUCUGUGCAGUCUGGAUCACCUUCAUCCCAGCUUAUAUCAGUUCUCCUGGAAAGUUCACUGUCGCUGUGGAGAUAUUUGCUAUUUUGGCCUCAAGUUUUGGUUUACUUUUCUGUAUAUUUCUACCAAAAUGUUACAUAAUCAUAUUGAAACCAGAGAAAAACACCAAAAAACAAAUGAUGGCAAAAGUGCCAGCUAAAUGAAAUAAUUGUCUUUAAAAUAACUAUUGUUGUCCUACGUUUAAAAUAAAAUAAUGUAUCCUAAAUGUUCAAAUCAA